AUGACCUUCGCGAAUGCUCCACCCGCUCACCCUUUUACCCGUCCCACAACGCCCUUCGGUGGCACUCAAUGGUAUCCUGCGCCGCCCAAGUCAUGUCCAGACUGCGAUCUCUUGGGACGAUAUAACGGCGACGUCACAAGGAUUCACUUGGGAAAGGGUAUGGCGGGCGAGCGGGCCGGCAGGAUGGGCCUGUGGGGUGCUUGGGGCAAUGGAUUCUGGGGUGCGAGGAAUGGUGGGUGGGGUGGUGGAUGGGGACAAGGAGGAUAUGGAUACGGUGGGGGAGGAUAUGUGCCGGGAAAUAUUGCUGUUGAGGGGCAGGGAGGAUAUGAUCCGUGGACGGGACGAUUCAUGGGCGGCGGCGGAGGGCUCUGCUGCGCUGGGCCGGCUCCGGUGAGGGUGAAGCCGCCGAAGGGUCCGCCGAAGAGACUGCCUGGACAAGGGCUGUUGGGGUGCUUGGGAAUGUGA